AUGUCUACCGCAAUGCGCUGUCGUGCGCAAGAGCUGCUUCGUCGCAGUCGCCCAUGUGAUGCCUUGCGCUCGCCGCCGCGACGAUUCGUCCAGAUUGCGGCCACCCCAUCAUCGACCAACCCUACCGUCGCCUCUGCUGCUGCAGAUAGCACUGCUCNNCCGAUGCUCANNACCGUAUCCUCGCUCUCCGUUCUCGAACCCUUCCGCCGUGCCGCUUUUGGCAUUCCUNUCCUCUACCAANAAGUCACAUCGACCGCUCCUUAUACCGCCUUGAUCUCGACCAAAUCUCCUCUCACCACCUUCUCCGUUAUUCACCUUGAUGGUCGCCUUGACUGGAUGAUCGCUCAAAGAAACGCUCUCCUUGCCUGGACUGGUCACACUCUUUCCAUCAAACCCCAGAUCAACACCUCCAUGAGCCUUGCGCACUGGGGAAGUUCUCGUGUUACUGGCCGUGGACUUCUCUGCUUGUCGGGCAAGGGUCAGGUCUAUCAGCUCGCUCUUAAGUCUGGCGAGGAGUACAUUGUUCACCCCAGCAAUGUUAUCGCUUAUAGCAUUAUGCAACACGCUCCCCAGCCAUACCGCUUCAAGUCGUCCAACCUGCGUCUGCAAAUUCCCAAUGCCUUUUCCUACCUUCCCGACACCAGGUUCUUUAAGGUCGUUCGUCAAUCAAACGUUUGGCGCUUCUUGGCCAACACUUUGUUCACCAUUCGCACCUGGGCCCGCCGCUCAAUAUGGGGAGACAGAAUGUUCCUCCGUUUCCAAGGACCUGCCAACAUCCUCGUACAGUCCAGAGCUGCCAAGCUGAGCGAUGCCUUUACUGCUCGCGAUGUCAACGAAGCCGGCGAUGCCCCUGCAGGUGUGCUCCAGGCUGGAAAGCCUACCACACCCGCCAUCACCGAACCUCCUUCAACCCCUGUCGCUCCCACCAAGCUCAGCUAUGCAACAGUGGAAGGCGAUGGUAAGGUCACCAUCACCAAGUCUUAA